AUGGCAACUAGUGAUGUGGAGCUUCAAAUAGAAGACAGGAUUGGGCGUACAGUACUUCAAGAACUACGUGACGAUAACGAAAAAGCACGGGAUCUUGGCAAUGGUGGUCUACCAUUAAUUUUCAUCUUUCCUAGUGUGUUCCGAGAUCUCAGCCCAAAAUGUUUUCAGCCUAGGAUGGUCUCUAUUGGACCUCUUCACAAACAAGACAAACAUUUGAAUGAAUUUGAAGUUAAAAAAACGAGUUAUGUACAUCGUUUUUUGUAUAGUUUAGGUACCACCCCCGACCAAAUGUUAGAAGACUGUGCUGUAGGUACUGAGUACCUAGACAGAAAUCAUGACCAUAUUCUUGGCCUUCUGCACAAACAUUUCCACCCUGUGAACAAUAUCCGAUCCGGGGAUUAUACGAACCCAAAGAGGCACUCGGCCUUGGAACUGGAUAGUGCAGGGGUUAGCUUUAUGCCUUAUGAAGAUGAUAAUUGA